AUGAUCGUCAAUGGUGCAUCUGACCCUAUUUUAUGUCGUUAUUUUCCGUCCUUUCUAGAUGGUCCUGCACUUGACUGGUUUUUCUCUUUGCCUGCAGAUUCUAUAUCACGUUUCCAAGAGUUGUCAAAGCAAUUUGAAGAUCAUUUUGCAGCAUCGGCAAUAUAUUUGCACGAUUCCGACUAUUUAACAACAGUUAAGCAAGGUCCUCAGGAAAGCCUGAAAGACUACAUCACCCGCUUCACGAAGAUAGCUAUGAAAAUCCCUAACCUUCAUCCUGAGGUCCACUUGCACGCCAUCAAAAGUGGCCUACGCCCGGAAAAAUUCCAAAAGACCAUUGCCGUAGCCAAGCUGAGGACGUUAGCUGAGUUUUGCGAGAAGGCCAAAGGGCAAAUAGACAUUGAAGUGCUUCGCCAAGCUCAGAAGGCGGAAAAGUCGGCAAACACCAAGGACGAUGACAAACUUUGGGAUAACAAGAAGAGUUUUAAGCCCACACCCAGAUAUGAGUCAUAUACGCAGUUUAACACGAAGAAAGAUGACAUUAUUAAGGAGAUACUGAAUUCCAAGCUGAUUAAGCCUCCUCGUAAGGCCGGCAGCUAUCACGAGCCCAAGAACGUUGACAAAUCCAAGUACUGCACAUUUCGUCAGAAGUAUGGCUAUACAACCGAUGAAUGCGUGAUCGUAAAAGAUCUUCUUGAACGCCUAGCCCGACAGUGA